UCUGUAAAUGCUUCGUGGAACAAUUCAAAGAAUCUUGUCAGAGUAAACAGCGGGUCGUGUCAACGUUGUUCAUCUUCGAUUCAAGAUAUAUCUAGAUCUGUAUGACUUUAACAAAAGGAGACAAAGCUUAGCUUGAAAACUGCUUCGUGCGACUCAAUCGUCACUUUGUGGAGAUAAUUACAUGCGUACAUAAACAGUCACUCACAGCUCAACAAAGAUUAUGUGAAAUUUCUGAAAACUUGAAGGAACGUAGUGGUCACAUUAGUGCAUGAUAAUCAUUCUGAAGCAGAUGAAAGCCUCUCUGCUUGUGAGAGAUAGGGGUUAAUGGUUUGAGAAUUGGGAGGAUGGUACAGCCAAGGAGGAAUUUGUAUUUGUCAGUAUUAGGGGAAAUGAGGAAGCUGAGAAGUCAAUACUGACCCCGUUGGAUUGUUAGUGAGGUUUAUAUGAUUGGAAACAUCUCCAUAUACCUGCCAGGUAGAAAUCUCAAGACAUAGGACACUGGAGAGGCUUUGAAGGACAGAAAGACAAUAGGACAUACAGGUCAAUAGAUAAACAAUCCAAGGAGACAGGAAGAACAUCUAUCAUUUUAGAAUAAUGUCAUGGACGACCUGGUUGAAAAUAUGGAACAGAGAUUCGGCCUCACGGCCAGUAGAGAAAAAUGACAGCGUUAUGGUGGCAGAAUCCCUCAUGUCAGAACUUGAUUUUCAAAUCCAUGAGGCGGAGGAGUUGAAAUUUCACAAAGAGCAAGAAGCUCGGCGCCAAAAGACAGGGGUGGAUUAUUCGUGGUUGGUGACAACGCCACCAAAAACCUUCAAAAUUCCACCUGGAAUGAGAUUAGAAUUGGAGCAGAUGGCCAGUCGAGUUCGACCAAGUGAAUGCAGCACUGUAUUGACUUCAUUUAGGGACGCCCUUUUACAAGAACCAGAGGUGUUCGAAAUCCCCCACAUCAUGCGCGCAUGCAUUCAGCACGUGUUGUCGCGGCAACCUGUGCCUUCAGAGACGUGGGUAGACUGGGUCGGGCGCAGGACGCAAAGUUUGUCAAACAUACGCCUGAGGUCCAGUCCCAAAGUAUUGCCAGUGCAGGAGGAGAUGGAACUGCAGAGAAAACCACAAGACAAGUGCCCUUCUAGUCAAAGUAUGCCAGACUUUAGGUGUGCUUCUGCUCAGGGUGGGAACUUGGAUGUAUGAGCAAACUUGGUUUUUACUGUAGAUAAAUUUAGAAUAAUAAUGUUAAUGGUGAUAAAAAUUAUCAUAAUUUAUUCAGCUAACAUGUAAAAAAUAUACAUCAGUAAUUGGUCUCUGCCUGAGCUCUUAAAAGUAAAAUAUAAAAUCAUGAAAAUAUUAGAUGUAAAAAAGAUUAAUUAAUAUAUUUAAAAAGACAAUUGGAUUAAGAACAAGAGUUAACACAAAAAAUAGCUGAAGUAGGGUAAAAGCUCUUUAGAAAUCUUUCUCCCUUUAAAAGUUUAAACGUCUCUGAUGUAUAAGCAAACUUGGAUCAGACCUGCAAACUUGGGACGUAUUCCCAGACAUUUAGAUCGAUCUAUCCCCGUGGGGAGUCUCACUAGAUUACUGUCAGAUAAUCCGGCUUA